AUGGCGGCGUGUGGAAUUACCCAACGAGAUCACUAUGAACAUACUGAGUCUACCAAGGAGGAAGGCUUGUUCCCGGGGCCACCGAUGAAGAGCAAGAUUGAGCACCAAGUUUGCUAUGCAGGUCUAACUCGCAUAAGAGAGAUAGAUAGUAGAUACGAGAUAGUCGUAGUAUGUCUUGUGAAGCUUUAUCUCCAGACCCAGAACGGAGCAUUCCCAAACGGGAUAUUGAUGGAGGGGGCAGCCAAUAAACUAAAACGGUCUUCGUUCGGCGGCGAAGCGCUCAACAUUACUUCCUGUUUGGGAAAGGGGGCAGGGGUGGGGGACCUUGUGAGAGCUAAUAAUAUCUUGGACCGUAGAGAAUUCGGUACUACUAUUAUCUCUACCGCUGGCCUCCGCGGAUCACGAAGGGUCCUUCUUCUAGGUAAUCCGGUUGGCCUAAGUCUCAAACUGCAACAAUUAUCUAUGGGACUACUAAACAGUACUAGUAACGGGGCAAAGCAAUAUGGAAACAACGCAGAAAACGGCAAGAACAACGAGGACAUGACCGUGACGGUUAAAGUUUGCUACUGCUGGGCAGCUCAUCCUGCCAGAUGUACGAGGUUGUUUAGCCCAAACUUUCUGCGGAACAAGGCCUCUCCCGAAAGGCCAAGGAAAGACCGGAAAAAAGUGAACAUCGCCCCCUUCCCCCACCAACGAGGAUCUCAGAAAGAAUGGACAAUGACUGGAAAAGCAUGGUACAGUCGCCGCAGGUCAUACUUUGUAGAGAAGAUGGAGAACAUCUGUUACCAAUCUGAAUCCCAUAGGGCCGGAGCCCUGAUCAUUUUUCCCUUGGGGGUGGAUCCACCGGUCAAGGCGGCAUGGACCGCUUGA